UCUUUAGGAGUUAACGAAUCAACGAGAAUGUUCCACAGAAUACUAUUCUAAAUAAUACAAUAUAAAAUUCCAAUUUGACUUGCGUGUUACGACUAGAACUACAUAGAUUGCGUACAAACUAAACUAACCUUGUUCAUCGAUAUUUUAUUUCCAAAUCGGAACUUUUAAACUAUUAUUGCUGAAACUGUUCUGCAAGGUUUGAUUUCUCAUCUCCCGAUUGCAAUUGAGAUAUAAUGGCAGAUACUAAAAUAACUGAGCUGAGGAAUGAUAUCGAAGAAUUGCAGGAGCUCAUGAGUAAUUCAAAGAGGAAGAAAGUCCAGGAUAUCUUAUCAUUAGAAAUACGUAAACUUGAGACAGAAUGGAUUCACUUAAAAGAGAAAGCAUCUGCAGACUCCUCUAUGGUGGUUGAGCCUUCUGCAUCCGCUCCCGUGCAAAAGAGAUACGAGAUAAAGAUAAAUGGUUAUGGUUGGGAUCAGUCAGAUAAUUAUGUUAAAGUUUUUGUAACAUUAAAAGAUGUUCAUACUAUCCCCAAAGAGCAGGUAUAUUGCAAGAUAACAGAAAAAUGUAUGGAAUUAUAUGUUGAAAAUUUAGACAACAAAAACUACAAAUUGGCAAUAAACAAUUUACUGUAUCCUAUUAAUGUUGCGGAAUGUUAUUGGAAACAGAAAACUGAUAUGGUUGUCGUAUUUCUAUCAAAAGUGGACAAGGCAGUAAAGUGGUCUCACAUGACAGAGAUUGAGAAGAAGUUUGAAGACAAACGCAACAGUCGUUUUAAACCAGAAGUAGAUGACAAACAAGACCCAUCAGCAUCCAUAAUGGGUCUUAUGAAAAAUAUGUAUGAGACUGGAGAUGAUGAGAUGAAGCGAAUGAUCUCUAAGGCUUGGUAUGAAGGCCAGCACAAGAAGAAGUCUGACACUGUUGACUUGUAAUAAAUAACUGGAUAUAAUAUAAUAUGGCCCAGGCCAUAUAACGCGGUAUCCUUAUAACGCGUUUACAUAUUACAAUAUCAACACCGAUAUAACACGAUCCUUAGCUUAUAUAACGCGUUAUCACGCGUGGUGUAUCCCCUACUUAUAUAGGGUAUCCCCUACUUAUAUAUUUCUGUACCUACUGUGAAAUUUAUAAUGAUUUCUACAGUACAUAAUUAGCUUCGCGUACUUUUCCACAUGUGUCAAUUGUGUUUUUACAAAAUUAAAUUAUUUUAUUAAAUUGAUGUAUUAAAACCCUUACUAAAAUAGUAAAACUAGGCAAACAAUUGGAAAUCCUUGUUACGAAUUAUGUUUAAUUAUUAUUAUUAUGAUUACGAAUUUCGAGGUCGUAAAAACGCAAUAUUAGCCUUAUAACGCCGUUUUAUAUAACGCGGAACCACUGUAUCGCGUUAUAGGGGAGUGGACCUAUAUAUUAUUUUAAAUAUAAUAUACAAUAGCAUCAUUGACAAGAAUUAAGGUGAUAUACAAGACACUUGUCAAGUUGUUGCAAGUUGUCAUUGUCAAUAAAAUAUAUAUGUCAUUACGAAAUAAAACAUUGUAUUCCAACCUACUGAUAACUUUUAAGAAUAAUUUUAAAUUAAGAUUUACUUUUCUUAAAAUAAAUGAUUAAUGGAUUAUAA